AUGAGUGAAACUGGUGAAACUUCAGAAUAUUACAAACAGGCGUUGGAAGAAUAUAAAGAAGUUCAAGAAGACGAAGACCCGGAUGCAUGGGACACGAGAAUAUCCAAGACCGGAUGCUACGUAGAGAACCUUGCAUUACAGCUGUGUCAUGCCGAAACAGGCGACUGGAGGCAGUGUUUCAAUGAGAUGACGUUAUUUAGGAAGUGUUGGGAACAGAAUGGUAAUAGAGAGCGCGUAAGCACGGUUGACGUGGAUGGGACGACCAGUAAGGGCUCGGAAAAGGAGAAGUGA